AAGUAUUCCUUAGUUAAGUGAAGACAUAAGUAAUUUUAUGCAUACGACUUACGAAAUUUACUUAACCAAAGUAAUUCAUACUGAAAUCUAAGUUUAAGGAACACUUAGGUUAAGAUGUUUAUGCAUACGGGCCUUGAUAUCCUGUUUCGGUUGUGAUCGUACGGUAUUAUCAAAAUUACUGUUUACGUCACCUUUCAAUUUGGGGUCCUCAUCGCGGUCCGCGUUUACGUCAUGUUGAUUUCAAUAAAAAACAAAUUUAACAGUUGGGAAGUAAAAUGCUAGUUAAUUUGUAAAAGACAAAUAUUCUAUUUGUACAUUGUAGGAAAAAUAAAAUGUAUUUGUAAUAGCUACAAAACAAGAGAAUACUCAGUUCGAAGAGCCUCGCUUUUCUCUCUGUUUCUAAAGCUCGUACAAAUAAGUUUAUAUUUCCUUACAAUUUACGAGUAUUGUAAAUGUAAACAAGAAGUUUUAUUCAUAUUUUAUUAUUUGUAUUCGUAAAAAAAGAUAAAGACAGUCAUACAGGUCAUACAGGUCAAAUUAUAUGCAUCUAGUAUAUUUCUCAUCCCCAUGAGAUACAUUUUAGACAUAUUUAAGAUUAUUUCAGUACAGUACUGAAAUCUUCACAUCACGAGCCUCAACUACUUUGUGUAUCAUAAGUGAAACAGGUGAUUAUCGUAUCCACUCAUUCAUACAUACAUAUAUAUAGGUGUUAUAUUUACUUGUAUACACUUACAGACUGAUAUGUCCGUCAAUAUAUAUAAAUACAUAUACUAGGUCAAGCUGGUUUAUACAACCAAUAAAUAAUAUUGUUGUGUGUUUGUUUAGUUGACAAUAUUGAUUUACUGUUACAAGAAGAUUAACAUUCACGACUGCAGCGAAUUGUGGGUAGAUAACUCUUGUUGACAAAUGGAACCAUUUUUCGCAGAAGAAUGUGAACAAAAGGUCGCCUGCCAUGCAUUCCAGCAUCAAGUUGGUGGACACAAAUGUGUACUGCAAAUUACUGAUAAUUUGAUUUGCAAGCCUUGUGAAGAAGCCGAAAGAAUUUUUUACAACAGCACCCCUGAGGAGCUUAAACCAUAUGUUCCUUGCUAUCGAGGAGAAAUUUUCGUUUAUUGUGAGGGAGACGAAAGUAAGCACACUCUUUAUGCCAAAGUUCCAAGAUCUAUUUUAAGAAAUCAGCGACUUAAUGUUGGUAAUGACAGUGGCAUUGGUGAAGGAAGUUGGAGUCAGUCACGUCUGAAUCAUUGUAUUGAAGGAGGGGCUUUAUGGAAGGAUAACAAAAAUGAAAAAUUCCUUAUGUUCGAUAACCUGGUGGCAGAUUUUGAACGACCUUGUGCCUUAGACAUUAAAUUAUGUAGAUAUUAUCACGGACAAUGCGAAGAUGAACAUAAAAGAAAGAAACUGGAACAAAAGAGCAACAACUCAACGAGUUUGAGUAUGGGGUUUCGGAUAUGUGGAAUGCAGGUGUAUCACCGGGAAACCGGAAAACUGGAGAAAUACAACAAGUACUUUGGAAUGUCCAUCAAUGACAAUCAGGCAGUAGAAGUACUAAGAACUUUCUUCGGAAACAGUUCCAACACAAACCUACACAAUAUAUCUAACACAGUUAGAAAUAUACAUACUGCAAUUUUAAAUCAAACAGACUUCGUGUUUCUUUCCAUUUCACUUUUUUUCUUUUACGACUGUAAGAAAACAGACGUCGCAUCAUCGAUACAGAAGACGGAUAUAGACGACCAGAAUGUUCAAGCAGGUUUUAAAGUACGUUUAAUAGAUUUCGAAAAAGCGAUCGCAAGUUCAGAUAACAAAAUCCACCAGCUUCCGCAACGUAUCAAAGACAAUAUUAACUAUGGAAUGGUAAACUUGGCUAACAUAAUUGACAGUUUUGUGAUAGAAAAGUGAGAAUAAGUGCAGUUUUACUAAAAUUUUAAAUUAUGCAAUAACUAUAAAAUGACAAAUUAUGCUUUUAGUAUAGGAAAUUUUAUACAUGGAUCAGUAAAUUGAAAUCAAUAGACAUUCGCAUCUUUUUUUCUGUGAAUGGUGUACCCUUGAAAAAGUUGCAAAUGUAUCGGAGCCUGGUAUGUCAGUUUUCAAGGUAACGUAUUUUUUUCCGUCAAGACAUUUGUAAAAUUCUCGUCUAUGUCAGUUCCUUGAAUGUUCUGUUCAACUGAUCUUCCCCCUUACACGAGGAACAACUGAUCUUCCCCCUUACAUGAGGAACAAUUGAUCUUCCCCCGUACAUGAGGAACAGCUGAUCUUCUCCCUUACAUGAGGAACAACUAAUCUUCUCUCUUACACAAGGAACAACUGAUCUUCCCCCUUACAUGAGGAACAACUGAUCUUCCCCCUUACAUGAGGAAGAAAUUCUAAUCUUUGUCUAUACAAGACUCGUAUCAUCGAUUGAAGACAUUUUUUUUACUAUGGUGGAUGACGUUAUUGAGCGUAUGGAACGUUUACAAAAUGGACACAACAGACAUCAUCCUAUGGCGAAUUUUUAAUCCUACAAAUCUCAUUGCUUAUGAGCAUUACAGUGAUAAUACACUAAGUCUUUUGAAUAUGAAUGAAAUUUGGCAUACGGAUAUUUGGCGGCGGAAA